GAAAAUCAAGGAGGAUGGGGAGGCGGAUGGCCCGACGGACCUGGAGGAACUGGCUCGGCAUUGGAAUGCACUCUACAUUCGGGUGUCCAAGGCUGUGAAGGAGGUCUCGACCUGCCAACCCGCCGCCGAUCUGAAGAAGUUCUUGGGCGGCUUCCGGAGCUGGGUGAACCAGUUCAAGAAAAAGGUCGGGAACUCGAAGAAGACAAAGAAGGACAGCAGCAAGGACGAGAACAAGAAAGCGAAGGUGAGCGGCCCUCCUGCGGGAACUGGUACGAAGAUGGGCGAAGAGAUCCUCAGCAGCUAUGCCGGGGCCUUGAAUGCCGGGCAGGAGGUGUCCGAGAAUUUCAAUUUGGCCAAUGAAUGCUUCAAUGCCCUCGACUGGCUGUGCCAGGGCAAGGGGUCGCAGUGCCUGCUUAUCACCGCAGCACAGACAAAAGCCUUCGUCGAUGACAUCUGCGGGCUGACCUACUUCGCUCAGCAGAAAGAGUGGGUCUAUGAGAGCUGGAGCAAGGACAAGGCCAAGGCCCAGGUGUCCUUGGCCCUUGUGGCCAAGAGCAACAUUCCCACGUGCUGGGAAAAAAAAGCAGAAGAUGAAUUGAUCUCCGUGAGCACGGACGUGGAUCCCCUCCUCGGCGAGAUCUUCAUACCCUGCUUUUGGUCCUUCGGCAAGAAGACCCACAAGAUCUUCUACUCCACCGACUACGGCCUGACGGAGUUCAAGGUGAUCUUGGAAGGGGCGUGCCUUUUCAUCGGCAGGCCUGUGCCAGAUGACGGCCUCAAGAGCUUCGGCAGCUUCUGCCAGACCGUGAGCGAAAACGAGAGCCAGAACUGGCUGGAUGAGUGCAACGAUCAUGGCUGGGCUGUUCUGCUGAAGAAAGGCGACAUGCUGGGAAUCCCAGCUGACCACGCCUACAUUCAGGUCUGUGUGGAAGAGUCCCACGGCGUCAGGAUCCUGAAGGGCUCCCGCCGUGGUCUCAAAGCCAGCAAAGAGAUCCUGCAGGCCAGGAUCGAGCAGUGGCCGGAGUUGCAGGAGCAUCGUACCGGAAAGCUGCUGGCCUGGGCGAACUCGGUCGAUUGCACCCAGAGCGAUGCACAGAGACUCGAGCCGAUUUCCGAGACAGAGAGUGAGAGAGAGGAUGAGCGGUGCGAUGCAAAGGCAUCACCCGUGAAGCAGGAGUCGCCAACUGCAGAAGAGCGGUCGUGGAGCCCUACUGUGGCAGAGUACACUAGGUGCUUGGUGCAUGGAAGCAUCACCAGGCUUGCUGAGCUGAAAGACCGGUGGAAUAAAGAACUGGGGAUUUUCACCGAGUUGGAGAAGGACGACCCGGUCCAAUCCUGCUUAGAGGAACGUUUUGAGCAAGGCCCAGUGUCGCUCCAUACUUUCAUCGAAAACGAUGCAAAGGGAGUGGCACUGAUCCUCUUGGACUUUCAAGCCGGGUCCUCGCAUUCGUGCGAGAUCGAGUGCAUGGUGUACAACUGCAUGGAACAGCAGGUGGAGUAUCGCUCUUGGGACCCGAAAACCCCAGCUCCAAAGCACAACACAAAGAGGAAGGCGAUUAGUGAGGGGUUGUCCCGAAAGAAUGCCCGCUACUUCUAA